AAAACAAAGCUGUAACAACAACCACAACAACAAAAAAAAAAACAACAACAGCCAAGAAGUGUCUGUGUGCCAAGUGCUAGCUUUGAAUUGUUGUUGGUUGCGGCACUUUUUGGGAAAUUAAAUUAUGUUAAGUGCAUAAAUCGUUCGACGCAGCAAAAGCAUCAGCAUCAGACACAACAACAGGAGCCGCAGCAGAAGUGAAACGCUAAGGUGCAAUCACAAAUGAAAAGAGCUGAAGAACUAAAUAAGUUGCAAUUUGAAGAGCGCUUGUGGGACAAGUGAAAACUGAAAACUGCGCGGUAGCCCAAGUAAAGUAAGAACGUAAAGAGGAAAACUCGCUCAGCGCUGUCAGAAAACUUGUCGAGGAGCCCAGGAAGCACCGAACCCAGAGACCAAAAGCAGCUGCUGUGACGAUUGACAAGACAAAAACAAAAGCCACGACGGCAAGAGUUUGACAAGUGGCACAAGUGGCAGCAGCGCCCAAAAGCACGCAGCUAGUUUUUCAACUCAACUCAGACUUUUUGUGUAUGCUUGCUGCCCCAAGCCCAAAACGUCCACCCACACCCAGUCACGCAGCAGUCACCGCAGUCCAUGGCCGCGUAGCUUUUGUAUGCGGCUCGCAUGCCGUGGCAGCAACAGCGUGAAUCGCAAGUGCAACAACAAUAGCAGCAUUACAGGCGCUAUGUGCUGGCCAAAUACCGCAUCGGAACGUCAGCAGCAAACAAAAUAGAGCAUCGGCAAGGACAUAGCCAAACACUCGAGCAUUGGCCAAAAAGGAGCAGCUGGCAGUGCAGCACAUGUGUUUUUGUGAUGCGACAAGGACACUUCAAGUGCCGCCAACACACUUAAACGCAGCCCGAGCAGCAGCAUCCGCAUCAACAACAUCUCUGGCAUUAGUUUAAAACAGUCAACAGUCUUCAAACGCAGCAUGCGCAAACACAAAGCGCCGCCCGGCGGCCACCCAAUCAGUUCCAGUUUCGUGGCAAGGACAAUGCCAACAGUGCACAGCGAGACAAACGCAGCGGGCACGACACCAGCACAAGAAACAACAACAACAGCAGCAGUGGAAAUGGAGCAGCAGCGCAUGUUGCUCGGCCAUGCGGCAGUUGACAGCGCCACGCCAGGAGCAGGAGCAGCAACAACAGCUGCUGCAACAAGCCCAACUAGUCGCCUUGCAGCGCCAUCGGCCACCUGCCAGCAACGAUCUGCAGCAGCAGCAGCAACAGCCAAAGCAGCGAGCAGCAAGGAACGGCCGCGAUAUACAGUUAAGCUCAUGUCCUUGCUGCACAUCGCCUGCUACGUGUUGUGCCUGUGCGCCUUCAGUUUCGCACUCUACGCGAAUGUGCGACAGACUCGACUCGAGCAGCGACUGCAGCGCCUGCAGCAGCUGGACGCGCGCAUCGUCGAGCUGGAGUUGCGUCUGGAGCAGCAGCAGCUGCUGCACUGGCCCGCCGAGCAGGCCAAGAUCCUGGCCAGCCCCAUCAUCAGCAGCAGCAAUAGCAGCAGCAGCGAGAACGGCACAUCCUCACACCUGGCGCUACAUGUGCGUCGCGAGCUACAUCGCCUGCGCCGCGAUGUUUCCCACCUGCAACUGACGCGACGUCAGCAGCGCCGGCAAGCGGCCGAAGCGGCUGCAGCUGCUGCAGCAGCCGGAUUUGGAGGCAGCCCAGCACCCAAUGGCGAGUGCCAGUGCCAACCAGGUCCACCAGGUCCGCCCGGUCCGCCCGGCAAGCGAGGGAAGCGCGGCAAGAAGGGCGACCCCGGCGACAAGGGUGAACCGGGUCUCAACGGCAUCAGCGGCGAGAAGGGUGCUGCUGGUAACCCCGGCGACAAGGGCCAAAAGGGCGAUACCGGCCAUCCGGGCGUGGAUGUCUUCCAGACAGUCAAGGGCCUCAAGAGAUCGGUGACAACGCUGCAUGGCGGCACACUGGGCUAUGCGGAAAUUGUAGCUGUUAAGGACUUGCAAGAAGCGGGCGUUAACGUAUCCGCUUCAACGGUCAUACAGCUAAAGGGUGAACCUGGCGAGCCCGGCCCGCCUGGACCCCCAGGCGAACCUGGCAAUCCAGGCGUACCAGGCGAGCGUGGACCACCUGGCGAAACUGGACCGCAGGGAGUGCAGGGCGAGGCCGGCCAGGCAGGACCGAUUGGACCGCCCGGCGUGCCGGGCGCACCUGGCACAAAGGGUGACAAGGGCGAUCGCGGUGAUCGUGGCCUCACCACAACCAUCAAAGGUGACGAGUUCCCAACGGGCAUCAUCGAGGGUCCGCCGGGACCGCCUGGACCACCUGGUCCGCCCGGAGACCGCGGUGAACGCGGCGAGGUGGGACCCAUUGGACCGGCCGGGCCGCCUGGCGAGAAAGGACCACGCGGAAAGCGGGGCAAGCGGCUAUUUGGACCUGGCGGCACCAAGCUGGAGGAGGAUUAUGACGACCCGCCCGUCACACUGUUGCGUGGCCCGCCCGGACCACCAGGCCUUUCCGGCAAGGACGGACGAGACGGACGCGAUGGCAGCAAGGGUGAGCCGGGCGAGCCCGGAGAGCCGGGCUCACUGGGUCCACGUGGCCUGGAUGGUCUGCCUGGUGAGCCGGGCAUUGAAGGGCCGCCUGGUCUGCCGGGCUAUCAAGGGCCGCCCGGUGAAAAGGGCGAUCGCGGCGAUAUUGGCCCACCUGGUCUAAUGGGACCUCCGGGCCUGCCAGGACCACCAGGCUAUCCCGGAGUCAAGGGUGACAAGGGCGACCGUGGUGAUUCGUACCGUAAGAUGCGACGCCGGCAGGACGACGGCAUGGCUGAUGCACCACACAUGCCCGCCAUUGAAUAUCUUUACGGACCACCCGGACCACCUGGUCCAAUGGGCCCACCUGGACACACUGGUGCCCAAGGCGAUCGGGGCUUGGAUGGACGUAAGGGUGAUCCUGGCGAAAAGGGGCACAAGGGCGAUCAAGGACCCAUGGGCUUGCCGGGUCCAAUGGGCAUGCGUGGCGAGUCGGGACCUUCUGGUCCGGCUGGCAAAGCUGGCAUUCCGGUGUGGGGCGACUACUAAUACAACUUACUCAAAAGUGCAGUCUAAUAAUAAAUAACAAACACAUUGCUCCGAAAAGCGAAUAAAAUGCGACACAAACUUAUCAAACACACACACAUACUCACCCACACAUACAAGCACACACACACUACGCACAGGAAGCAAAAUAAAAAAAAAUACGCUGAGCUUUGUGGAAAAAAGAUAUAAGCAAACUAAAUAUGCAUAGGAAAUGUUACCAAGCUGGCUCUCGCUCAGUUUUAUUGUCUAUCUAUAUAGUCAUAUAUAAAUAUAUAUAUAUUUAUAUAUAUCUGUGUAAAUGUAUGUAUAUCAAAUUGUACAUACAAGCGCCCAUGUACAUAAAUACAUGCGAAACCCAAUACGAUACGAUAUCAGCCGCAUGCCACUUAAAAAUACCCUAUAUCAAUAUAUGUAUAAUUGAGAAUAUCCCAAUUGCAUGCAAGUUGCAGGACGCAAGGCACAGAAUACAAAAUACGAAAAACAAUAUACAAUAUAAUACAAAUAUGUGUAUGAAAGUGCAUUCAUAUCAAAUGAAACAUAACAGAGCUGCGGACAUAUGUGUUAAGCAGAGCCAAAUGAGUAUUUAUGUAUACAGGCAAGCACAAAUGCAAACAAAAAAACAAACAUAAUUAUUUCUAUAGAAACACGCGAUCGAACAUAUUUACAACUAUCAAUUGAAUCAACCAAAUAAUUGAGUAUAUAUAUAUAUACAUGAGAAGGGGGCAAAUAUACAAAUAAGCAAACAAACAAGUUCUCAAACAUGCCAACGAACAUGCAAUGCAAAUAGUGUAAUUGCAUUUCAUUUGAAACUGCGCUGUACACCUAUCCGAGAGUACAUUCAAGCAAAAGCCAAUGCAGCAGCAGCCGCAGCAGCUGUUGCAUAAAUCAUACGCACCGUGGCACUUGAAAGUUGCAGCAAAAUAAUCUUGUGCCUGCAUUUUGGCUAAGGCAUUCUUGCAGAUGCAACAGAGUAACUCAAUUUGCUAGUUACUUUCUUGAUUGACCCAUAAAUUUCAUUGCCAGCCGCAAAGUCAAAAUCUUUUAAGUGCUGCCUGUAGCUGUUGCUGCCACUGCUGCUGCUGUUGCCGCAUUGUUGCAUUAUCUUAGGUGCCGUCCAGAGGCUUUGUCGUAUAUUCAAUUUAUAGGAAUGCCAAAGCUUCAGUGCUUGACAAAUGGUAAACAGCAAAUACAUAGUAUCUAAACAUUCUCAAUUUUAAAUAACCUAAGUGAAAACUGUAAAGAAAAAAAGUAUAUAUAUAUAUCUUUAAAAUUUGUCUCAAUGUUUGCGUAUAUAUUAUCGAGUUUGAAUGUGUUAUAUGUCUACAACAAAGAAACUGUUUAAUAUACAUAUUUAAUACAUAGAAAUACACAAUGAUAACAAUUUUCAAAAUAAUCGUAAAUUGUAAUUGUAAUAUCAUGCGAUAACAACAAAGAGCUAUCUUCCAAUUGUGCAUAUUUUUCAGUGUUAUAUGUAACUUCAAUACGAAACGCGUUGAAAACAAAAAUUAGUUAGGCUAAAGUUUAAAUAUACCUACUAGUAUACACAGCAUAUUUGGAGUGUGGGAAGCCAUUAAAUAUGAGAAUAUGAGAACACAGCAAAACGUUUGCAAUAGCAUCGGCUGGCCGGUGAACAACAAAGCGCCCUCAGAAUGACCCUCAAUCUCCCAUAAUUAGCCCACAAACACGUACACCCCAACCCCAAUUAAACAAGUUUACUAACAAUGCAUUCAAAUAAGCUCUCUUCAAUUGAGGAUAUUAUUAACAAUAAAUACAUAAUUCUAAUAUGUAUCCUAUUGGUUUCAUCGAACAUCUCAAAUAAAUAAAUGCAAAUCUACCUUUCGAUCUGAGCGAGUGCACAGAAUGCACCUAAAAAAAAUCAAUUUACAAUUUAUGACUACUAAUACGAGCAUGCUAUAUCGAUUUAAAAAGAAAUGAAAAAAAGAACACACAGUCAGGUGGAAAAAAAUAUAAAUAACAAAUGCUAAAUGCAAACGAAAUCUAUUAUAUGUUCAACUACGAUAACACUUGCUCUGCAUUUGCAUAAAAUUUCAAAUAAAACUAAAGCCUCAAAGGACUUAAUGCAAAUACGUGUUGGCAAAUUACAAUGCAUAUGUAUGUCAAUUUGUUUUCAAUUAAAUGUGUCGCUCCCAAAGCUGAAAAAGUUUCCCGAAAAAACAAAAACAAAAAAUCCAAACAAUUUCGCAUGUCAAUUUUCAUUUUAACCACUAGAUUAGCCAACAUCAUGGUGUACAUAAAAUGUCAACUAACAAUAAGAUACGAUAUUUUACAUUUAUUGAACAGCUAACUUAUCCACAGUGCUAACUGCGCCUGUCUUCAAUUUUCACAUUUUACUCUACUUAACUUAAACCCUUGAACUUUUGUCUAACUAACUAACUCAAGCUGUAACCGAGAUCCAUAGGUUAGAAUAAUGAAUUGUGCGGUCGCUGGAGAUAUGUUCUAUCGGCAAUGUGCAUUACAUUUAACUAAAUAUUAGCAUUAAAUUUAAAUUAUAAAUUUAUACAUAUAUUUCAAUUCAAUUUGGUCAUUAACUUCAUAAGCUGCUAAUGGUAAUUGUAAGUGUACAUUUGUUAAUUGCGUACUAAACCAAGUGUUUCCAAUUAAAUAACAAAUAUGUAUGUAUAUGUAUUUGUGUGUAUUUAUGUCUAUACAUCCAUACAUUUAUGCAUGUAUGUAUGUAUGCAAGCAUGCCUAAUGUGCGUAUGAAUUCUGCCAAUUGCCACAAUAUAAAAAUUAUGAAAAUUACGCUAAUCAGAAAGGCAUUCCUUGACAGGCAGCAACAAAUUGUAA